AACCAUGGUUUCAAUUAUGGAUAUCGAGCCCAAAAGACAAAUCUGUGAUAAUCGUUCUACUCUGUCGCAGAGUGCCGUUAGUCAGAAAUCAAUCGAUUUGGAAAUUCCGAUUCCACUGAAGUCACCAACCGCAACAACAUCGCCCACCACCCCAGGCUCGGGUAACUCCGGAACCGGUGGAGCACUUUCGCCCAAGACAGCCACCGGAAACGCUACCGAUACCGAGCUGGCCAAGCGUGCCAUGAAACUGGACCUGAUCGAGUCGCAAAGCAAUACCGCAACUAGUGCUAGCGGUACCAGUGCUGCCAGCACCACCACGACCACCACCACACAUUCCUUGACGUCGAACUCGGCCGCCACUACUACCACCGCCGUCAUUAUGAAGCAUCGAAAGCUGAAGGAACGUACAUUCAGCGACGAGCUGGGAUCGCCAAAAUCACCGGCAGCAGCCAUAGGUCGGGGUGGUGCCACCCACCCUGUGGUACCGCUCCCAACGACGAUUUCCUCGCAUCCAGACGUUGUAGACGAUCGCAAGGCACUACGGGAUGCGCUGUACCAGGGCAUCUUCCACCGGCACCGGCGUACGAUAUUCGCCGUUGGCAGUUUUUUGCGAAUGCUGAAAAGCCGCAGCUCGUCCUACAACACCAUCCGCAGUUCGUCCGAAGGCGAAGAUGACACACGAUAAAGGGCCUCAUUAGCAGCAUCGUCACCUCUGAAGUUGAAGGUGCUGUAAAUUAUCUCUUGAAAGUACUACCGCAAACAGAACGAUACAGGUACACACUGAUGACGAUCAAAAGAAUCCCUUGCACCGAACGGUUCACGAUACACAGUCGCUAUUUGGGAUAGUAAAACUUUAGCCGAUAGGAAUGAGAAGAAUAGAGAGUCCUGUAUCAUACAAGAACGCAUUUUGUCAUCGAAUGGUUAGAAGUGUUUUAUAACAUUAGCCGGUUAACCGGUUCAAGAUAGACAAGAAAGCUAGUUUGAUCCUCUAUAGGAUGGAACACCCCGGAACUACUUAAAAAAUAAGAUCAUAUUUGUUAUUAGAUAAGCCAAAUGUGCUUGAGUUUGUAUAUUUUCUUUUCUUUUAGAAUUAGCACAACGUAGUAUGCAGAACGAAUAAUUUUAGAAUCUUUAAACAAACUUUGCAAACGUUGACGACAAAAAUUUGCAAAAAAAAAUUAUGCCUCAUACCAUUUUGAAAGAGAAAGUUCGUUUCGCCAGUGCUUGAAGAAACUCCAUUGAUAAUUUUACGCAACCAAGCUUCCCCAUCAAGCUGCCACCAGCAAAUUAUAUCUCAAUACAUUUUCUAGACAGAGACUGAAGCUCGAUUUCUAAGGCUUCAUUUCCUCGAUACUGCUAUUGUGAGUAUUGGAAGUAUAAUUGCAUAAAUAUAAUUCAAGGAAGUAGGAUUGUUCUAAAACGGGUAUCAUAAUUAAUUUGCGUAUGAAAAAUGAAUCAAGCUUCAGCUUUUAUUAUCGUACAAAAUUUGUUUCCACAUAGACUCCACGCCAGACUCGGUUUUACGCUUUAAAUUCAGCCAGAACUCACCCUUCCAGAAGACCAUUGAAAGUAUUAGUGAAGAAAACGGUGUCGUCGCCCUACACGCUCGAGCUAUAAUCGUAUGUAGGUAUACGGAAAGGAGCACAAUGUCACACGACGCUGUGAGAUGCCGCCGAGGUGAAGGAAACGCUGCCAACCUCUGGGCAAGCUUAUAGCUACUUUACUUCCUGCUUAAAUUGCGAACCCAGAAACCGUUGAAAAUAAAUAUGCAGUACUACUACAUUGUAACACCCCAUCGAAGUAGGUCACUUGGUGCUGGUUAAUUUCUAUUCAGCACGAUUUGCAGCGUAUAAAAACGUGACGAUAGAAUUCAUAAGAACCAGAAAAAGAUUAGCUAAUCGAAAUGAGUUCACCACUACAAUUCGACGCACUGCUACUGGUUGAAAGUUUUGAUGAAAACCUGACAGUUCAGCGGUUAUUUAUUUUAUUUUCUGUUAGAUAAAUCCGGAUCAUAAUUAAGCGAACAAACACGGAAAGAGCCCAGCAAAGCAAUGACAAUUCAAAACUUUGAUAGAAUUCAGCGUCCUUAUUCUACCGUCGUAGAUGUGAGUCCGAAUACAUUGUCAAUCGAAUUAAGCAUUUGUAUUAUGAUUUCAUUAUUGCAGUCAUUUAAAUUUUAUUUUAUUUUCCUCCAGUAGAAAUUCCAAUUGUCACACAUUAUAAUUCGAUUUAGGUCAAAUUUAAACAUUCGAUAGAAAAAAAACUAUCAGAAUACCAAACUGUUGACCAUAAGUUCAAAUAUUUUUCGAAUGGUUCACAGCCUCCUAAUUCGUUACACCUGGGUAAAAUCACUAUGCGGCAUUUCCUAUCAUAUAUUUCAACAUGAAACCAAAGAUAAAUUCAAGAUUACGAUGUUGGAACAAUCCAUUGGAAAAUGUUAGGUCAGUAAUCGUUAACCAGUAGGCUCAGUAAUAGUGUAAUUUUAUUAACCCGUCCACAAGCUUCGGCAAAAUGUCAUGGAAACAAUACAAGCUAGAAAGCAAACAAUCAUAUUUGUGCAUUAAGCACAAAAUGAUUUGUUGCUUCCUUUGACUUUCAUGCUUCAUGGGAUGAGACAAAAAAACUAAACAAAAUUCUAAGGAAUAAUCCUAAAUAAUUUUAUUUUUCUUAGUUCAAGGAUCACUGAAUAUGCCACAAAAUUGCUCAAUAUAGUUCAUACUGUAACUCGAUAUUUUUUCAAACAUUGCCAUACACAGAAAAAAUUAAUGAUAUUUACACGACAUGUAAUUCAAUUAUACUUUGGAAUAGACAUCAAUUGAAUCAAAAAUUUAAUUGAAACCCAUCAUCGUUGUAAAAGUAAAUUAGAACGCCUUGAUUUUUCAACGAAUUAUACAACAUAUUUUAAUUUACGCUUAGUUUUACUUUUAAAGUAUAUUGAAAAGUAAAGACCUGAGGAGUAAUUUUAUACUCAUUUUCCUACUCAAAAUAUGUGCAUAAAUGGAAAUAUUUUUAUCUGUGUAGUUACGACGUAUGUAGCGAUCAGACGCUUGUUGUUGAGCUUCAAAUGAUGAUUGUACUCAAAUUGACAGUGAUCCGAGUUCAUCGUGGAGUUCUAUUCAAAUAAUACAAGACAAAUCGUAAAACACUCUAUCUUGAGUUUAUCUUUGAUGAAACCACAUAUUUUCAUCUGCCGUUCAGCAGUUAUUUUCUACUAUUUUUUUUCAUAAAUACGUUUAGUUCAUAGGCAAUAUACAUAAGUUUUUCUUCGCCGUGGCAUCCACAAUACAUAGUAGUUUAAACCUAAUACAUUUCGAAUAUCAUAUUAGUAUGUUGGUACUCAUUAGUUAAUCUAAACACUGUUUUUAUCAAGCGAGUUGCUAUUUUAAAUUACAUUAAAUAAAAUACAUUUAUUUUGUACAUGAUCUUAUAACUAUUUCAGGUUUGUUUGUAUCAGUUCACCACUUAUAUUUAAUAUCCUAUAGUUGGCUAUUGGUUGAACUCAUGGAAGAGAAAACAGUCUAACAUAAAAUAAAAUUUAAAUUGGAACUCCAAUGGAUUUAAUGAAAUGAUAAAGAAGUUUCAUGUAUGGAAGGUCACGACAAGCAAGAAUGUCGCGAACUGGGACAUUGGAUAGUCUACCUUGGGUACGCAAGGAAUUUAUUAGUUGAGAUCUGACAUCACGAAACUCCACGCAUGUCCAAACAACAUGGUCAAUAUCGCGGUAACCUUCGCCGCAAGCACAAUGAUUAGUCUCGGAAAGUCCAAUUCGAAGGAGAUGUGCAUCUAACGUGUAGUGAUUGGACAUGAGUCUGGACAUCACACGAAUGAAAUCUCUACUCACAUCCAGUCCCCUGAACCAUGCCUUUGUCGAUAUUUUAGGAAUAAUUGAGUGCAUCCACCGACCCAGAUCAUCUUUAUCCCAAGAAGCUUGCCAGCUGGCAAGUGUUCUUUGGCGAGACGCGCUAUAGAAUUCGUUGAAAGCAAUCGGUCUCUCAUAAAUCUCACCCUCAAUUGCACCACGUUUGGCUAAACUAUCGGCUCUUUCAUUGCCUGGAAUGGAGCAAUGAGCCGGAACCCAAACUAUUGUGAUUUGAUAAUUAUUAUUCAAUGUGACGUUCAGGCUUUGUUUUAUUUUGCCCAAGAAAAAAGGUUCAUUUUGGCAAGCAGCGUUUGAGCGAAUAGCUUCAAUUGCACUCAGACUAUCUGUGAAAAGAAAAUAAUGGUUUGGAGAUAAUGUGACGAUUACACUCAAACUACAAUGAACUGCUGCUAACUCUGCUAUAUAAACAGAUGCAGGUUCUUGAAGCUUAAAUGAGACCGAAACAUUAUUGUUGAAUAUACCAAACCCAGUAGCCUCUUCAAUUCGUGAUCCGUCCGUGUAAAAUAUUUUCUCAGAGUCAAUAUGCCUGAACUUACUUGUAAAUAUUUUUGGGAUUUCCAUCGAGCGUAGGUGUUCCGGGAUUCCACGCACUUCGCGCUGCAUGGAUGUGUCGAAAAAUAAAGUUGAGUCAGGGACAUUUAGGAGGCUGACACGGAUAGGAAUAUAUCUUGAAGGGUUGAUUUCCUGUGACAUAUGGUUAAAAUAUACUGUCAUGAAUCUUGUUUGAGAUUGAAGCUCAACUAGCCUUUCGAAGUUAUUAAUAACCAGGGGAUUCAGUACCUCACAUCUUAUUAGCAGUCGCGAUGAAAGCUCCCAAAAACGAUCUUUCAAUGGAAGAACUCCCGCCAGAACUUCAAGACUCAUUGUAUGUGUCGAAUGCAUGCACCCUAAAGCAAUUCGCAAGCAACGAUAUUGAAUUCGCUCUAAUUUGAUAAUAUGAGAGUUUGCAGCGGAACGAAAGCAAACGCAACCAUAUUCCAUCACUGAAAGUAUCGUUGUCUGAUACAAUUUUAUUAGAUCUUCCGGAUGAGCACCCCACCAAGAUCCUGUUAUUGUUCGAAGAAAAUUUACUCUUUGUUGGCAUUUUGUUAUCAGAAACCUAAUGUGUCCUCCCCACGUGCAUUUGGAAUCAAACCACACCCCAAGGUAUUUGAAAGUCAAAACCUGUUGGAUCAAGUUAUUUUCUACUAUGUUAGAUAGAACCGAAGCAUAAUUGUUUUUGAUAGUUCGGCAGUUAUUUUCCGAUUGCGACGAUUUGACUGUAAGCGAACAAACACGGAAAUAGUCUAGCGAAACAAUACAAAUUUCAAAACUUUUGAUAGAAUUGUUCCUAUUCAACCGUCGGAAAUGUGAGACCGAAUACAUUGUCAAUCGAAAGGAGCAUUUUUAGAAGCUUUCUUAUGACUUCAGCUAUUCAAAUUUAACUUAAUUUAACUCUAGUAGAAAUUCCAAUUGUCAAUUAUUAUAACUUGAUUUAGGUCAAAUUUAAACACUUGAUAGAAAUAAAAACUAUCAGAAUAAAAAAAAUGUACCACAAGCUCAAAUAUUUUUCGUAUGAUUUAAUUAAUUAACUGCUUAAUUCGUUAGACCUAGGUAAAAUCAAUCUGCUUUUGGCCUGUCCUAUCAUCCACAUUUUUCCAAAAAAAGUACUUUUAAAAGGGUUAAAACCUCAUAUAAUUUGGUUUAUUGUGCCCCCAUGAAAAUGAGACGAUUACUUUGAAAAUUAUUCAAGUUCAUUUCAAAUAAACGAGGGAUAGUCACCUAAGUUUACUGGUUACAUAAUUAAAAUCGUCUCCAUAACUCAAAAAGAUCACCCAAAAGUUACAUAAAAUAUCAAAAUAAUUGAUGAAUCCAAAGCUACCAAAAUUUUAUAGUUAUAUUUUGUCAUGAUGCCCAUUCGGGGUUUCCGAAGUUUAUGUGAGUAAAAUUGGUUGGUAAGGUUUGAAAAUAGAAGAAGUGCGUAUUGCCCUAUCUACCUGGGUAGAUGUAAAUGGCAAACAAAGAUCAAAAUAUUAACAAAUUUUACCAUCAUAUCUUGUCUUGACGUUUCUGUGCUAUCAUAGCGAUAGUUGAUAUUUUCUUGAUAUUUCAUCUAGAGAAUCAAGAAAUUUUACAAUAUCUGUUUAGUAUAUAAAUUUUAUCAAGUACAAUUGAUCCAGUAGUAUCUUCAAAUAAAAUACAAUUGAAUAAACUGCAUAAGAAUCAGACAAAAGAAAUUCUUAUUAUAUUAUUUAAUUCUGAAUGCUAGAAUAUAAAAUAACUGAAAAUGAUAGAAUUUUAUAUUUUGUUGAUAUUUUCUCAUGAAGACUUUAUUAUGAAUUUUGAUAUUUUACCUCUUAUAUAAAACUAAAUAAUGUUAAUUCCUACCAUUGAGAUGUUCGGUUUUAAUAAUAAAAUUUGUUAUUGGUUUGCAAAUCACUUCUACCCGGGAUACGCCUAACAUCUAUGGAACCAUAUGGUUGUUCCGAUACAAAUAAUAUAUACUCAAUACAGUGAAAGGUUGAAUUUCAUUCACUCAGACUCAACUUAAAGUUAAAAGCGGUUUACCUAUUUUUAACUUCCCGCAUUAGGCUUCAGUUUUUUUUGGUGGUUUUGUUCUCUGUUUUCUGACAACAAUGGGAAAAAAAGAAAUGAAUGAAAUGUUUCGAAAGCACUGAAAAGUAAGUCAAACGGAGUUACUUAUUCAGGACUUCCCAGGCUUUAAAGCUGUGGUAAAAAUAAACUAAAAUAUAAAUGAAACGCUUGCUAGACUGUGUGAAACAUCACGAUUUCAAUGUAGGUUUCACACGAUCUGGACAAGGGAUGCGACAAAUUGAAAUAGAUCAUCGUCAGUUGACAGUAGUUAGUGGGUUGUAUUCCAAAUCGUUUGAUUGACAUUGAACAUAUAAACAGACAACUUGUUGCUGUCGAACAUUAUCCAUUAUGAGUUUAUUCAUGGCGUCAUCUUGCAAAACCUAUUAAGAAAAUUUUGUCGUGUUUCUGCUUUUAAGCAGAAUACAAAAAUUAAUUCUUAAAAAACAAAUAGAAACUGAGAAAAUGUCAAGCUGCUUAUGGAAAAGCUCAAUUUGGCAGAAUAAUGUACGAUUCAGACGGUUCGUCUCGUUCCGUCACCGUCACCGGAACGUCAGCAUCCGUCAAAAUUAGUUUAAUAUGAUAGUCCCACGAUAAAAGGGCCUAACUGCAAAUAAGAGUCUCUCUUUGUUCACAUUCUCUUUUGAUUAUUACGGAGCCAUUACUGCAAUUUCUUGAAAGUGUCCAAUAUAAAUCGAAAGCUUGUGGUUUUAACUUGAAAGUUUUGCGAAGAGUAUGGCGCCAAAUAUAAAAUCAAUCCGGUAAAUCGUGAAAGAAAACGUAAACAAAGAAUAACUGUCAUUUGCAGUUAGGCCCGUGGGACUAUCAAAUACUUUCUUUACCGGAUCGUUCAUACGGUGACGUUGUGUGUGAAUAUCUCCAUAAGAAUGCAUUCAACUAAUUUUGACGGUAACGGUGACAAAGGCUGACUGUUGCGGAAGGUGAUGUAUCAUCUGAAUCGCAUUUAAUUCAGUAUGUUACAUAACAUUGCGGUACCCAAGCAAAACUUAAGCCACCAUUUCGCUCCUUUAACAAGCGACAAAUCUUUCUUCAAUGUUUCGGGACGUUGUCAUGUCAGAGAACCCUUUUGUUGAUUUGUUGUAUAUACCGAUAUUGGUCAAUCGGUAACAAAAGUUUCUCUUAAAUGUGGUCCAUUUCAUAGUUUAGGUUAUACGUGAACUUGUGCUUAUUAGUGAUUCUACAACCACACGAUUAAAAUAAAGUACCCAUUUAUAUGGAUUAUUCGAUCCAUUUCCGACAAAACUGGCAAAACUCAUUUAAUGAAAAAUAACCUUUUCUCAAAAAUGGGUAAUGCGAAUAUGUGUCAAAAAAUGGGUGGUUUACUACCCAGGUUUAAAUGAGGAAACGAACCAAAAAUAGAUAGAAUACUACCCAUUUUCAGAAGAUUAAGAUAUCAAAUAUGAUGCAUAUUCGAAUUGUUUUGAAAUAACAAAACUCAUGAGACCAUUUGUAAAAGAUUUAUUGCAAUAUUUAUACAUGCCGUGCCUUCAAUGUAAUAUUGUACAUCUAGCUCUUCAGUGUACGUCAAUUAGUUCACAGAGGCGCUAAAUGUGAUAAACUUUUCAAGGCCAACUCUUGUCAGAAAAAAGUACGGGUGUGUAAUGUCCGAGACAUAACUGGAUGUCGUGAAUACGAAAAAACUGAAACGCUUUCUUUUUACUUUCGAAUAUCAAUUAGUUGAUCGAUUAUGUGAAUUGUGACAGCUUUCCCCUUCUUCACUACUAGAAUUUGAAACGAUGCACCUAAACUGAAUCGGUGCUAUGCAAUUUAUAUAGAAUAUCAGCAGCAAGUUCCUACAACAACUACGAACUACAACUUGUUGAAAACAGGGCCGUAUAUAGUAAAGCAAAAUUUUGCAUAGUUCUUUAGGAAUAUGUUAAUGGUUCUAAAAAGAACCUAUUCGAAGACUUCAGGAAUUAGGGACUGAACCUGAGUUCAAGAGCUUAGAACAGAAUUCAGUUACAAUUUUGUUCUUGAACUACAGUUUUGAAACUGAAUUUAGUUCCGGAAUCCAGUUCCAACAUGCAGGCUCUGAAUUCUGGAACUAAGUUCCUGAAACAUAAUUUUGAAAGUAAAUUAUCCACCCGACGACCGAAGUCCAAAUGAGAGUACGGCAUGAGCAUUUCAUGCUUCAAACUUGAUUUGUUCUUACUGAUAGUGGGAAAACCUCACGUCGACAUCCAGUUCCGUCCGAAGCACUAGAAGAAAUGAUCGAUUUACAAUCAAAGUUUACCAUUUAUACUCGGCCAGUAGAUAACCGGAACUGAUAUAUGCCUGACUACCUCAAAACUGUCGUCCGGGUGCGAAAAAUGCAAGCAAGUAUGAUGAAUUUUCCUCAUUAUUUCCAAAUGUUUUAGAAAACUUUGUUUUUCAGUUAUUAAUGGUUUUCUCACGUUGUUGAAUAUUUAAUCACAAAUUCCUGAUUAUAUUUCUGAUAACUUGCAGAAAAAGUUAUUUUUAUGGAUUAAGUACAUCAAGAGAUAUUUGCGAUAAAGUUCUGCCUAUUCUUACACAGUGUAAAUUUUGAAAAGACGCCCCAUAGUAAAGUUAGUCGUAUUCACGACAAAAUUAGUGAACUACUGGAACAAGAAUCAAACAUAAUAAAUCGAAACUUAUAUUAAUAAUAAUGUUAGAAUUUAUUUAAACUGGACGAAUAUGCAAGCUUCGUCGCUAUGCACUAAUUCUGAUGAUUUUUAAAAAUUCGUUUUCUUGCAUACUAAUAUCUUUCAAAAAAUGUUCAACCAGCUAUGGGUGUUUAUUUAUUCAUUUAUUUGGUUGAUCAGUAAUGUGGAUGAGGGUAGUAUUUCAACUAGCUUUACACGUCAAAAAGUACUCAACUUUUGACAGUUCGAAUCGAAGUAGAAAAUGGGUACUUGGGAAACUCAUAAAUAAGUAAUACAUUAAAACCGUGCAGAGAUCAGCGGAGACGUUGUUAUGAUCACGACGUAAAAUACACUGGUGGCGUGAUAAGACAGUUUUGGUUGUGUUGGUAAUUUUCUCACGAAAUUAAGUAUGGCGCGCCGGGAUUCAAGCAUGUAAACAUAAACAAACGACCAUUUCAGAUCGGGAUUUCACUUCUAAGUUACUCCAGUUGUCGCGCAGCCUGGCGAAUCUUUGGCACUAAUUGAAAAUCUGGACAUUUUUUCUUCAGGGGCUUGCAAGGUAACGUCGAAAUAUAGAAAAUUUUACACACAUCCGAUUCUGUUCAUUUCGUUGGAGGAAGGAUUUGGUGGAUCGCACUGUGGUAUCUAUUACAGCUAUUAUGGAUAAUGGAGUGAUUGUGCUGUGGGUGGCAUUUCAAAUGCAGGUGAUGAAAACGAUUGAAACAUCCCGGAACAAAACACCGCAUUUAAGUGUCAAUAUUUUCGCAAACAGAACCAACUCUAAAUAUUUUCAUAAAAGCAACUCCCGGAACGUCAUUUGUUUAUGUUUUUUCUUCUUUACGUCUCUUUGUUAUUCCAAAAUAAAAUGACAACCGCACUAAACAUAGAAAAACGUGAUCACCAGGGUAUUUUACAUCGUGGUUAUGAAUUCAAUUGAACUUUCAAAAGCGAUUCCAAUCUGCUUGUUUACAAUUACCAUGAUAUUCAAGAUUUCUCGCUUGAUUUUUCAUUAGGGCGUAUAAGCAAGUGACAGCUUCUCUUCGUUUACUUACUCUUUUAUUAAUUACCAAGCGGUUUCCACGUUUAUCAUUCAACUCUUUGCAUCAAAUGAUACCAGAAACUUUCGACUUUCGAACAGAGUAGUGAAAUCAAAGAAAAUCUUUUUAAUCACAUCACAAUAAUCGAAAGAGAGAGUGAUUAAAGAGAAACUGUCACUUGCUCAUACGCCCUAAUGAAAAAUCAACCGAGAUUUUUGUUAAGUUUAUCUCGUUGAUCGACGAUUUUACUCUUCGCUGAUCUUCGAUUGUUAGGUCACUAGUGCAACUUUUCAAUUCAUUUUUCUAAUAAAUAUUCCCAAACAUGAAACUAACAUUUUAUCGCUUAUUCCUUAAAUUAACACAAUAAAACGUGAGUCAUAGAAAAACUAAUUUAUCUUGGAACCAUGGAAUUGGAACAAUGAUUAGUACUGCUGCACACGGUCGAUUUAGCUAAUUCAAUCGACUUCGCGAUUAUUUAACCUGACCACGUCGAAUUUCCGAAGUGAGUGUUCUAAAUUAAUUUUCAGUUCGCAUUUUUCAACAAGUAUAAGUAUGAAACAAAAUGUAACGUGAUAGAAUUUCCAGCACCGAAAGAGAAAACAUUUUAAAAUGAAUUGCUGUCAAACAACACCGCUUUUACGUAUUAAUAGGCAGGACAGUGAUUAUUAUUUGAGUGCUCCUAAUUAACUGAACGACCUUAUUUUUUGUUCGGUGGAUCCCGUCAAGGGCUCCCAAAGACCCUCUGUUCCUCUGUUAAAUCGGCCCUGCUAUCAAAACUUUCCAACCCCGGCGGCAUGCUAUUUCUCGGUUGAUUUUUCAGAAGGUCGUAAGAGCAAGUGACAGUUUCUCUUUGUUUACUUGCUCUUCUAUUAAUUACCUAGCGGUUACAUCGUUCAUCACUCAAUUUAUUGCGAAAGAUGAUAUUCGAAACUAUCGACUUUCAAACAGAAAUGUGAAACCCAAGAAAAUCUUUAUAACCACAGCACAAUAAUCGAAAGAGAAAGUGAAGAUGAUGAAAAGGUCACUUGUUCUUACGGCCUUCUGAAAAUUUAAUCGAUAUUUACAAUAAAAUAAACUAUGUGUCCAAAUAUUAAGUGACUCAAGCUUCAUGCAUGUUUUGCUCGUACGACAAAUGUUAAAUUUGCUAUAACUUUUGGAAAAUUAUUAAAUGAAAUGAACAUUGAAUAUUUAAAAUAUACCAAUUUGGAAACUAAUUUUUUGACUGUCAGUGUUUCGUCCGAGUCAAUGCAUAGUCAAUGCACAGGUCUUCCAGUUAUGUAUGUUCAAGACCCGACCUUCUAAGAUUCGUAGUGUCAAAGAUCGUAAAACAAGCCAUUGAAUGGUUCCUUACCCUAAGAAUCGACAGCGAAAUCUGUAAAAACAGGUUAGUCAAAUUCCAUAAUCGACUUUCAACCGAAGCCUAAUUCACCACUGAAAUAUUCAAUCACUACAGAGUAUAUUGAUGCAUAUUUUGCAUAAAUCCAGUUAAUGGAUUCAAUCAAAGUAUUCAUAUUCAUUUUACUUGUGUUCGUACAUAUUUAUACCACGAAGAAAAGAGAUCAGGCGAUUUCCAAACAUGUCUCGAUUCUCACUACAUGUUAUGAAAUUAUAUAAUGCUGUUUGAGUUCCAUGUACCUAUUAUCAAGAAACAAGCUGAAACAAUCGUCCAAACUCGGUUUAGCUAUUCAUCUAAACCGAGUUUGGACGAUUGUUUUUAUGCUUCGCGCAAUUUCUGUUUGGUCUAAUCAAAAAUGAAUUUAAACAAUUUUUGUAAAAUAAAAUAAUUUUAGACUCAUCAGUAUAAAACAGUUUAUAUUGAACUGGUAUUACCACUUACUAGAUCAAUUAAGCAGACACAAAAUAUGUUCCGGACGUAAACGAAAGAUUACAUUUUGACUACAGUGCUACUGCUAAGUGGUAAUAGCAGUUUAUUUGACACUGCUAUUCACUAAUAAAUCGAAAACGAAAAAUGAAGGAAAAAUGAAAAAUAUCUAAUGCAAAUUAAGAAAUGAGCUACCGAAAAAAUCACAGAUGAGGGUCAAUCGAUUGUUUUUGACAUAAUCGUCCCAAAUGUCAAUAUAUAAAGCUAAAUAAAAGACCCGUUUCUUCAAUAAUAUUGAUUAAAUUUCUUAUUGCAGUUUUAUAAACUUUUCGUUUUCAUUUUGCUUAUCGAUAAACAAUAUUUGACACCCCUAAACAUUGACGAUAAGUACUAGCUUCGGUGCUUUCAAUCAACCAUCGGCGGCCGUCGAUCAUCAUCAUCAUCAUCAUCAUCAUUAUCAACGAAAAUGGAACAUCAAUCCUACGGCAUGAAUAAUACAAUCGAAACUGAAACAUGCAGAUUGUACUUAUCUAUGCUUCAUGCUUCACUAGGCUACCAACGAAUCAUCGGCUAAUACAGUAGUUCAGGCGAAACGAACUGAUGAAAAAAAAAUGUGCUUCAAAAACAAGUAACAUUUAGGAACAAAUAAUCGGAACCUAUAGCCUUUUUUGAGACUUGAUAUAAAAAUCGAUAUGACUCGGACAGCACAUUAUCUUUCCUCGACUUUAGCUGUAUUUUAAAUGAUAUUGUUUAAGCUACCCAAGCAUUUUAGAAAUGAUAACAAAGGUAUAAUCGGGAACAGACGUCUAGCAACAGGUUAGCUGAAUAGCAUAUUAUUAGUUUGCCCCAUUUUUGUACAUCAUCUAUAGAGAAAGUAGCAGAUGAAACAGUGUACACACAUUUGUAAUGCCAGCAUCGUCGUCGUUGUUACUUUUUUACAUCUUUAUGAGCGUGCAUUAGUAAACAAGCCCAUCAGCUAGUUGAAUAGUGAUUAACAUAACAUUAUAUGAGCAUAAUAAAUCAUACACCACAAAACAUGCGCAUUUCGUGAAGAAGAAAGAACAUAGAGCAUUGUAAAAUUUGUGAAAGCAAACUAUAAGAUACAUGAAACAAUCUAGUUAAGUUUAUACGCAUUCGAACGUAUGGAAUAUAAGCUAAAUCAUUAAUUGAAAAAAUGUAUGAAUAUUGGUUAUUUUUUGGGCAAACUGGAUAAAAUGUACAUUUAGCGAACAGCAUGAGCAAGUAGUCUAGUUAUGGUUAAUAAAUAAAAUUUAUAAUAUGAUAAA